AUGGCCGCGGGCGGGAUGGGAUGGGCGCCGGUUGGCAUCGCUGGGGGCAGCUACGCCACUCCUCUGCCGCCGCUCGCACGGGAGGCAGGUCGGGCCGCCGACUGUCCUCCUCCGCAAUCUGGGAUCCCGGGAUCUGGUCGAACAGGAGAUUAUGGUCGGAGAUUGAGGCUCGGGCUCAUACGAAAAACGGGCGAGAGCCCUUCCCGAGAGCGAAGCUCAAAUCGAGCUUCGCUACUCAUCCGGGGCGAGCUCAUCCCGCAAAACCCGUCGGUCCCGCGAGACCCCCAGACCUCCACCCGACGUCUCAUUUCCCCCUCCUCCUCCUCUCAUGUCUCCCCUCCCGACCCUCCUCCUCCUCCCCUGAGAAAAGCGCUGCCCCAGAUCCCGUCGUCCUCUGUGGCCUCGGUGCCUCCAGCCACGGGCGCCCGCCUCGGUGCCUCCAGCCACAGCCGCCCGCCGUCUCCAGCCACGGCGCCUCACGCCGGCACGGUCGGCCGCCGCCUAUUGCCACGGCCGCCCGCCUCGGUGCCUCCGGCCACGGCCGCCCGCCUCGGUGCCUCCAGCCACGGCCGCUCUGCGACUCCUCGCGCCGCCGCCGAGCGCCGCCCCACGGCGACUCCUCGCGCCACCGCCAAGCGCCGCCUCCCUGCGCAGCCACUGCGUGAAGAGCUCGGCCUCACUGCGCGCGGAAAAGGGGGGCUCGGCCGUCUGACGCGGCUCCUCUCGCAGGCGGUGGCUUAA